AGCACGGCUCUGGCUAUAAUACAGACGCGACGAUAGAACUCUAGACCACAUAUACCUGUUCAUCCAUCCAGCGCAUAAUGUCGUCGACUACCGCUCCCAACAACGGCUCGGCCGAGCUCCGCCCACCCCUCCCGUCGCUCCCGUCCCUCGAGCGCACCCCCGUCCUCGAGGCUGACGGCGUCGCGGCCUCGCCUGCUUUCGAGGCCCUCGUCUCGCCCGCCCUCUCCCCCGUCGACAAGGAGCUCUCGCUCAACCCCGUCGCGCCGGCGCGGGCAUGGCGCAUGCCCGAGUGCUGGGGACACCGUGGUGCCUCGGCGUCUUUCCCCGAGAACACGAUCAUGUCGUUCACCGAGGCCUGCAAGGCCGGCGCCGACGGCAUCGAGACGGACGUCCACAUCACGUCCGACAACGUCCUCGUCAUGUUCCACGACCCCAACCUUGACCGCACCACUGACGGUAAGGGCAAGCUGCACGACCAGCCGUGGGCCGGCGUGCUCGAGCACGUGCGCACCCUGGAGCAGCCGGCGCAGCCCAUCCCCCGCUUCGCCCAGGUCAUCGAGCUGCUCAUGAAGCCCGAGAACCAGCAUGUCAAGCUCAACAUCGACUGCAAGGUCGAAAACGACCCGGUCAAGCUGUUUGGGCUCAUCAAGGGUGAACUGGAGCAGUACGAAGAGUGGCAGACCAAGCUGGCCCCGCGCCUCGUCCUCGGCCUGUGGCACCCCAAGUUUAUCGAGCCGGCGGCCGACAUCCUGCCCGACCUCAAGCGCUUCUGCAUCUCCAUGUCGAUUCCCCAGGUGCGCAAGUACUUUUACGACAAGUGCCACGGCUUCAGCGUGUGGUACCACCCGCUCGCGUCGGCCGACGGCGCCGCGUUCCGCGACGAGUGCCGCAAGGCUGGCAAGGAGAUCUGCACGUGGACCGUCAACGGCCGCGAGGAGAUGAUCAACUGCGCACGCUGGGGCAUCUACUCGAUCAUCAGCGACAAGCCCGAGCUCUGGCGCGAGGUCAAGGCCGACCUGCUCGCCGACCGUGAGAAGGUCCUCAAGCCCACCAUCUCGUCCUACAUCCUGCCGUACCUCGACUCGCGCAACUACUCGUGGCACUACCUCAAGGAGGGCGAGAAGGAGCGCGACUACCUCGAGAAGGAGGCUGGCAGCUUUGACACCGUCGCUGUGCCCGAAUCUCUGCGUCUGUGA